AUGCUAAAACCGAGUCAACAGAGAACUUACCCUCCGAGGUUCCCGAUGGAAAUACGACAGAGGGUAGGAAAAUCAGGAACGAAGAAUUGGAGAAGGUGAGAUCGUUCCUGCAGAGGAAGAUCCAGCAGAAGAUGGAGCAGGAACGAUCGAGGAGUUCGAGUCGCUGCGACAUGCAGACGCGGCGGUCGGCGAUCAAGAAGCGAUACUCGGAUUACAGGCAACCGGAGGAUCCGCGAGGUUAUCGCACCCGAAAGGUGCGCAGCGAGACGAACAUCAUCAGGUUCGAUCCGGAGAUUGUUGAGAAGGACAGGCAGAAAGCGUGGAGGCAAACCGAGAGGGAGAAGGCCGGUGGCAGGUCGCGUUCCGAGGACUCGUCCCUGCAAAAAGUCUACCGGCGUUCCAAGAGCGAGACGAUUCUCGAGGCGGCUGAAACGACCGGGUCGAAUCGUCGACAGAGAUCCCAAACGAGGGAGCCCUCGGAGAAACGGAAGCUCUACCGAAAAACGAAGAGCGACGUGUUGCUUGGCCAGAUGGGCGGCAGCCUCGACUCCGAGCAGGAGAAUCCUCCGAGGCGCGUCAGGAGUCAGGACAACGUCGACGAGUCCUGGAGAGAGUACAAGGAGAGGAAGAAGCACGAGAGGUUGCAUCGCGAGUCUGAGGCUAGAGACGCGAACGAGGAGGAGGACUUUAUGAGCAAACCUAGGUGGAAAGAUCUCCAGGCGGACCUGUGCACGUUCAGGAACUGCAAGAUCUGUCAGAACUUGCGGAAUUGCGUGAAUCCGUUGGAGAAACAGCGCGACAGCCCUGCGAACGAGGGAAUCCCGGAGGAUGGAACGAUCAACCGUUCGUCUGACGUGAUUUCCAACAAUUCUACGAACGACAGACCGGCCACCAGUUUGCAGGAGAAUUAUCUGGUCGUGGAUAGAAUGUCGGAGAGCCCUAAGAAUCAUUUGUUAGCGAAGGUUCAAGUGAAAAAUCAUGGAGAUGAAUUGACCAAUGUGUGUUCUGUCGAGUCUGCUUCUAACAUGGUUCCUAAGAAGACGUUGAACGAUUACAAGGAUCUGUACGCGAGGUCGAAUGUGAAGAAAAGCGACACGUUUAAGAUCGUGGACGGUAGCGAAGGUUUGGAAGAAGGCGGAGAAGAGAAUGAUACGAAGGUGGACGUGGAUGGUGCUUCGGUUGGUAGUUUCGAGUACUCGAAUGGCGAAGGUGUGCUGAUGAACAAGUCGAACGAGGAUAUAGCUAAGGAUUACUUCAAGAGGGUUUACGAGCUGCUGAAGAAACGGCAGGAGAAAUCGAAGAGGAUCGCGGAGAAACAGGAAGUCGCGGGCUGCGACGACUCGUCGUCUUCUAAUUACGCGGAGAAAGUGCAGAAAAAGAGGCCGCGGCGCAAGAAGAAGGAACGGAGUAUGGAAGGCGAGGAAGUCGUAACCGUGCCUCCCGCGAGCGGAGGUCAGGACAGCUGGAAAGUGCAGAGGCUCUCCUCGUUGAGCGGUGAAUCGCCGAGCAAUCGUCGUAAAGGCUGUCGUCCCCAGCUGCAGCCAGGCAGUAAGCGUACACGUCCAGCGCCGCCUUCUCCGGCAAUAUCCUGCAAGGUCAAUGCCAAGGACAUCGACGACGAGUACCUCGACUGGCCGAACAAGGAGAACACGCCCGGAAAUGCCGUGAACACCGGCGAGGGGGCGGAGAUCGAGGCUGAGCUCGAAAGUGAACAGCAGCAGCCAAUCAUGGGUUCGAAUUUGAGCCGACAUAACGGGAAGGGCCUGACUGGCCGUAGAACACAAUCGUCGGGGAAUCUGUGCGAUCCCAAGGGGAAAUUGAACAGCAUGGGGAAGAUUUUGGUGCCUUGUUCGAGCGCGCAGAGAGAGAGAUAUAAAUUCUGUGGCUCCUUGCCCAAUCAUCUAGAUGACAAGGAUGUGCUGGACGACGAUCCAAAGGAAAAUAAUAACAUAAUGACGGACACUAUCACCGGAAAUCUUGGUGGAACGCUGCCACACAAGAAACGAUCGUUGGGCGUGCAUUUUUCGGAUGGAGGACCGACUGGCACAUUGGACCUCGUGAAACAUCGAUCGCAGGAUUCUCUCGAUGAGAACGAUCCUUGGAGGUACCAGCAGAGUGAUCUAGAUCUAGUGAGGUGUCGCCACGGAAAUUUCGAUUCGGUGAGAAGAAAUCGUAGCGUGGACACGGUUCCCGGUGAUUCGUCGAGAAGGUACGCGCGAGGCACGUCCCUAGAGGACAGAUGUCACCGAAAUGCAAAUCUAGACCUGGUGGACACGCUGCCUAAGCGGAAGCAGGACAUCAGAAACAGCGGAAAGGCUUCCGAUACGAACUCGUCGUCUUCGCAACCGUGCAACCCAGACCCGGCGAACAACGAUUUGCUGAUGCAGAUCGUUCACAAGCCUGACUGCGAAUUGGUCAGGCAUAGGCAACAGUUCAGCAAGUGCAUCGAUUUGAAGUUGAGCAAACUGGCUGGCGGGGAACCGCAGGAUCAAGGUUACGCGUCAGAACGGUCUCCGGAGGAUGAGCAUCCACCCUCCUUGCCUGGACAACCUUUCCCGAACAUAACGCCUGAGAGCACGUUCCGUGUGACGUUGCAGAAAAGCAGCCAGGGACUUGGCUUAAGCGUUUCCGGUGGAGGAACCGCCGGGCCAGUUAGGGUAAAAAGACUAUUUCCCCAGCAACCUGCGGCGUUGUCCAACAAACUUCAACCUGGCGAUAUACUCCUAGCUGCCAAUGGAAUUCCUCUAACAGGUCUCACCAACUAUGAGGCCCUCGAAGUUCUACGAACGACACCUAGUACCGUGGAGCUGGUGGUGUGUCGACUUCCGGGUGAUACGAAUGUCACACCACCGGGUGCACCGCCGCCGCCCCCUGCGAGGCGUGAGCCACCGCCACCCUUACGAAUACUCAACCCUCUGCCGCCACUUCAAAUUGAACCCUGCGGCGAAUUCGACAUAGAAAUGACGAAGGUCGGUGGUAGCCUGGGUUUCACUCUGAGGAAAGUGGACAGCAGCGCGCUGGGUCAUUACGUGAGAGCAUUAGUGAGGGAGCCGGCGUUAAGCGACGGCCGAAUUCGACCUGGGGAUAAAAUAGUCGCUGUGGAUGGUGCACCAUUGUCACCAAUGAGCCACGAAGAGGCUGUCCAAUUGCUGCGACAAUGUGGCCCCACUGUGAGACUUCGAUUGUACAGGGAUCUCGCGCAAACUCCUGUCUCCGCGCUUUCUCCAACCGAGCCCGAUCAUCCACUUCGUCCACCGCGCACCAGUUUGAGACAAGAAGCUGUAGACAUGCUGUGUGAUCUAGCAGUUCGAAAGUUAUCCCCAGGUACAUCAAGCGGCUCGAGUUGCAAGCAAUCACCCGGAGCAUCUUGCAACUCGCCAAGAAGACUUCGUCGUCUUGCCACACGUACGCCUACCGCCGAUAAUGAUCAAGAAACUCUGGAGAAGCAUCCGAGCGUGCAGACGACAUCAACAGCCAGCCAGGCGGAGACAUCCGAUUCCGACCAGUGCUCGAUCAGGACGCAGAUAACGAAUUCUCAACCAAACACACCUGGAACGGACAUAAUCGAUCCGCCGCCUCUGUACGACGUUUGCGACUCGAGCGAUUCCUCGAAGACACCGACACGGCCGAGUUUCCUCGAUUUAUCGGCGCCCCAGGGGAAGCCUCAUUUUCAGUUUUGCAGCCUGGACUCGGAUCUCGAGUAUCCAGCCUGUGAGGACAUGAUCGUCGGUGAAGACGAGCACCGGAACAAGGCAACUGAGACCGAUUACGGGAGAAGGGAGGCGAACAUGUUAUCCAGUGAUGAGCACGACAACGAUCUACCCUCGGAGCCGGCCUCGAUGCCACCGGUACUCUCCUCGACGUGCAGCUCGAGCACCGCUGCGUUCAGCUACAAGAACCCCGCUUAUCAGAGUGCCAAUCCAGCCUGCGGCGCUGGCAUAGACUCCACGGCGAAAAACAAGGCUACCCAUUCGAGCGACCAAGACAUACCUGGGAAGAUCUUGGGCGCGGAGGAUCCCGGUGGCAGCAAGGGCUUGUUGAAGUGGAAAGGCGUGAUGUUCGCCCCAGAUGAUGGAAUAGAUAAAACUGAAAACGAAGAGGAGAAGGCCGGGAGAGACACCACCGAUUCAGCUGUCCUCAAUAAAGAUCUUGAACAAGGAACCGAGGUGUUCAUGGUAGAGCUGACACGUGGUUGGAAUAGUCGACUAGGAUUUAGCUUACAACCGGAAGGAAAGCGUACAGUUAUAUCAGUGGUGCACCCAGACAGCGUUGCAGCGAAAGAUGGGAGGUUGAAACAAGGAGAUGUGCUUAUGAUGGUGAACGACGAGAGCGUGGAACACAUGUCAACAGCUGACAUAAUAGAUCUAUUACGUAAAAUAAGAGGUUCCAUAGGCAUCACAGUGAUGAGACGAAGCAAACGAGAGAACGUAACGUGACGGCGCUAGUCAGGUGUAUAAUUGAAGGGCCUAAUUAAUAAAAAAAAAGUAUAUAUAUAAAGGAGAAGAAGAAGAAACUUUCGCGUCCAUCACGGGAGCGCGUUGUUUUUCUUUUUUCAUUAUCAAAGGUAAUUUCUACAAACGAAGGACAAUUCCUCGAACUUCAUUUCAAAUAUGAAUUUUCUUAGCUUACUAUUAA